AUGAUGAGAAAAACCAAAUACGAUCUACCAAAAGCAGGCAAUAUGAUGGAACUGACCUAUGACUGUCAAAUGGAAACCGACGCAUUUCGGCAUGCUAACAGUUGCUCGAUUUCUCCGCUACCAAAAGGAAAUGUUGCUGGCGUAAAUAUCACAAGCAAGAGUGAGGAAUCAUUUUAUCACGGUAUCAGGGAGGCUGUGAUGUCUUGGUGGAGGGUGGUGACGGAGAGUGGACCGACUAAGGAUGUGAUCUUCGAAUCAAAAUAUGUCAACACAUCAACCGCUUCCUUUACAGAGGCAGCCGUUUGA